CUCAGCUACUCCUCCAGCUCAGCUGGACUUUGCCAAUAGAUAGGGACAGACUCCCUCACCCCUCUUUAGGGCUCUGGGAGGCAGGUCAUUGCCAGGAAGCUCCGGGCCACUCCUGCCCGGAUUCCCCGCCCACCUCUCCUUGUCGGCUGGCCUGGUGACCUGGUCUGGCUGAUUUCCCAGAGAAGGAACUGCUAUUCCUGGGCAAGCCAACAGCCUCUGGGAGCACGUACACGGUAAGGUCCUUGGCCUUGGCUGGCCCAGGGGUGCAGGGGAACUGGCAGCAUCGAGGGACCACGCGGAUGUGCUCUGAUGAGAGUGCCUUCCAACCGGCCCGGUUCCUAUUGCUGGUGGGUGUCCCGGUGGCGAGUGCCCUCCUUCUGGUCCAGUGCCUUCGAUGGCACUGUCCUCGCUGGCUGCUGGGGGCCUGCUGGAAGCUGGAUAGCCAAGAGGAGCCAGUGGCCCAUCCCACUCCCCUACCAGAAAAUGAGUCCUCAAGGCAGUGUGUACCAGCCACACUGCCGGAGAUGGCCGCCUUCUACCAGGAACUGCACACACCCACUCAAGGCCAGACCAUCAUCCGUCAGCUGAUGCACAAGUUGUUGGUGUUCUCAGCUCGAGAGGUGGAUCACCGUGGUGGCUGCCUGAUGCUCCAGGAUAUGGGCAUCUCUCUGCUCAUCCCACCAGGAGCUGUGGCUUUGGGCCGCCAGGAGAGGGUGUCCCUGAUCCUGGUGUGGGACUUGCUGGACGCCCCAUCACUGUCCCGAGCCCAGGGGCUGGUGAGCCCUGUGGUGGCGUGUGGCCCCCAUGGGGCCUCCUUCCUGAAGCCCUGCACCCUCACAUUCAAGCACUGUGCCCAGGAGCCCAGCCAUGCUCGUACCUAUAGCAGCAACACAACCCUGCUCGAUGCCAAGGCCUGGAGGCCCCUGGGGCGGCCUGGGGCCCACACCUCCAGGGACGAGUGUCGUAUCCAGCUCUCCCACUUCAGUCUCUACACCUGUGUGCUGGAGGUGCCUGCGGGCCGGGAUGCCCGCAAAUGGCUACAGCUGGCUGUCUUCUGCUCACCGCUGGCGCCAGGGCAGUCCCACCUGCAGCUGCGCAUCUACUUUCUCAACAACACACCCUGCGCCCUACAGUGGGCCGUGACCAAUGAGCAGCCCCACGGGGGGCGCCUGCGUGGGCCCUGCCAGCUCUUCGACUUCACAGGGGCCCGCGGGGACCAGUGUCUGAAGCUCAAGUACAUCUCUGAGGGUUGGGAGAAUGUGGAUGAGAGCAGUUGCCAGCUGGUUCCCCAUCUCCACAUCUGGCAUGGAAAGUGCCCCUUCCGUUCCUUCUGCUUCCGGAGAAAAGCAGCCAAUGAGAAUGAUGACUGCUCCACACUUACCAGUGAGAUCAUCGUCACCAUGCACACUUUCCAGGAUGGCUUGGAGACCAAGUACAUGGAAAUCCUCAGAUUCCAGGCAUCAGAGGAAGAGUCCUGGGCGGCUCCACCCCCUGUCUCUCAACCACCCCCGUGCAACAGGCUGCCCCCAGAACUCUUUGAGCAACUGCAGAUGUUGUUGGAACCGAACAGCAUCACGGGCAAUGACUGGCGUCGGCUGGCCUCCCACCUGGGGCUCUGUGGCAUGAAAAUCCGAUUCCUGUCCUGCCAGCGCAGCCCGGCCGCAGCCAUCCUGGAGCUAUUCGAGGAGCAGAACGGCAGCCUGCAGGAGCUGCACUACCUCAUGACCGUCAUGGAGCGGCUGGACUGCGCCUCGGCCAUCCAGAACUACCUGAGCGGGACGCACAGCGGUAGCCCGGCGCCGGUCCGCGGGGUCGCCCAGGAGAACCAGGGCCUGGAGCUGGACGAGAAGCUCUGAGCACCCCCAGGCGGCGGGGCGGGCCGCCGUCCGCAGCGCUCUGGGUCCCGGGGGCCCCUGACAUUGAGGAAGAAUGCAGCAGGUGCUCCUGGUCCUGC